AUGGACAGUGAAGAUACUAGUGAUGCUGAAACAAGCAAUGACGAAUCAGACAAGGCAACCGAUGGUGAUGAGGAUGACUCUUCUCGUCUGAUAUUCCUAGCACUUGAAGUCGCUGCAGGAAAAGAAAUACCGUCUGAUAUAUUCCAUGAAGUACAAAGAGCAGCCGAAGAAAUGGAUGAUCAUGUGCAACGACUUCAUAUCAAAUACAUUCUCUGUGCUCAUGCAGCACAAAAUUGCGGUUUUGUUGAACCGGAUUAUUUUGGGAAUUUACCCGAACUUCUCUCAACAACCGAUGUUGUUAUUCGACAAUGCAUUAUGUGGGCAUUCGCAUCGAUUUUGCCUUGUAAAAACAUUCUCAGUCCAUUGUUGAUUCGAUUGCUCUACAAAUCAUUGAAAAAUGAAAUACUUGGAUGGAGUAUUUCCUAUCUGUUUCGAAAGAUAUCCGAAUAUGAUAAAUAUAUUCCCAUGGUAACAGGUGCCAUGUGGAUAUCGAUGUCGAAUUUACUGUUCGAUCGAACCUUAGGUGAACAAGUUCGAACAACACUUAUUUACACAUUGAACAAUGUUUAUAAAAUCCGCCAAUGGAUUGCACCCGUGAUCAAAGAGAAAUUCGAAGAAUUAAUUCGAACCGAUGGUUUAAGUACACAAGUUCUUCUUGCCACUGUUCAUGGAUUACAUUCCAUGGCCAUCAGUGGUGCUCAUCUUGGUCAAGAAACGAUCUCACGAUUGAGACAUCUAUCAAGCAAUGGUGAUAGUUCUUCGAUGGAAUCCAUUCAUGAAUUACUCAAUUUUCUCGAUAAUAAACGAAUCUUAUCUCAUGUCUCAAGUUCGAUGGCUGGUGGCAAUGUGAAAAAAGAAUUAACAGCAACACAAACCACAUCUGUUUCUCGUUCCGAAGAAGAAUCAAUUGAACCAACAGUGAAACUUCAUAGUAUGGAUCAUUUAAUGAAUACUGUCGGUCAUCUUGGUCGAACAUUCAAUGCUGAAUCGAAACCGAUCGAUGUUCGAAAAGGUCACAAUCAAGCGUGGUAUCGAACAACAUGGAACGAAGUGUCCAAUCUCGUAACUCUGGCUAAAACAGGCCAUUUGAAAGAUCAAGAUUUUGAUUAUUUAGUCGCCAAAUUUGGUGAUGGAACGCAUUGGGGUUUGGUACCAUGGACUAGUCGAAUAGAAAUCUUUGAAAUGAUCGCUACAGCCUUUUGUGAUGCUGCCAAGAGUAAUCAAGCCAUGUCAACGCAAGUGAUCGAUUCCAUCAUUAAUCGUUUAUCUGGGACUAAUAACAAGAUCCAUCGUGCAUGUGCUGAAGCUCUUCUCUCUGCCAUGAAGAAUCGACACUCAUUCAGUGCAAAUCAAAUGAAACAAAUUGAAGAGCAAUUGCAAAAAGCGACUGACACCAUUGUAAAACAACAUUUGAUCGAAUUGUACGCAUUGUAUGUUUCGAAAGGUCAUCGUUUGAAACUCAAUUUAGAUUCGAUUGAAAACGAUCUAUUGGAUGAAGACACGUGUGAAACAACCAGUUAUCUCUUUUUUAAAGCAGCAACAUUAGAACAACGAACAUUCUCGGAAAGCAUUCUGAACACACUCAGUCAAGUGGCUGAAUCGAAGACAUAUGGUAUCAAAGCACGUGAUAAUUGUCUAUGGGCAUUGGCUUAUAGUAUUAAACAAGCUGCAGAGAAGACAUCGAUUCCUAGCAAAGUGAUCAAUACGCUGGGUAGACUAGUCCGUGAUCCCGAGAAAAAUGUCAAACAAACAGCAGCUAUUGCUCUCUGUUACUAUGGGAUGGAUGAAUCCACAGUCUUAUCUUCCGAAAUCUUAGAAGGAUUAGCCGAGAUGUUGAAUGAAACCGAUCAUGGUUUAUUAAAUAAUAUUUUAUCUGUUUAUCUUCGAUUGAGUAAACAGGACGAAGAAAUUCCCAGUGGUGUUCUAAAGAAACUUGGUCCACUUCUCUAUCAUGACGAUUUUUCUAUUCGUGAAAAAUCGAUUUGGAUCUUAAAACAUGUUGUGGAUAAUCAUCAGAAGAUCAAAUUAAAGAUUAUCGACCAAAUCGAUGGAUGUUACAAUGAUGCAGAAUUUCGCAUUCGAAACACCGCAGCAUUGAUAUUCAUCAGUUAUUGGAAGGAACGAAUUGAUCAAAAUGAUAAAAAACUUCUUCGAAUUCUUUCUAAUCGAAUGGAACAGUUUAUCUCCACAGUCUUUCGUCAAGCUUUUAGUUUAGAUGUUCAACAAUCGAGUCUUGAUCUUCUUCAAUUAUUCGUUGCAAAAGAUUUUAUCUUAUCUGAAGCAUUAAUUCAUCUGAUCGAAUGUUGUCUCUAUGAUGGAGAAGUGUCGAUCUCAAGUAAAUCCAUCGGUGUUCUUCAAAUCUAUUUGAAAAAGCAUCCAUUAUCACCCACAACAUUUGUCUGUCUCGAACAUCUCUUAACUCGAGAAACACCGAUAAUGAAUGAAGUGAUUUCAAUUCUCAAAUCUCUCGUUAUGACAGGUGAACGUUUAUCGAAAAAAGCCAUUGAUAUGCUCGCUCAACUGUUAUUUAAAACUUCUCAACCAAACGAAAUCACGAAACUCUUAACACAUGCUGAUCGAAAUCAACCAUUACCGAAAAGUAUCGAUGAACUUCUUCGACAGAUUUAUUAUGGGAAAAUCCUUCAAUAUUCAAGAUGUCCAUCCAGUUUGAAUAAAGCGAUCAAAGAACUUCUCUAUUCGACUAGCCAAGGAAGAUCUUUAUGUACAUCUGUUCUCGAUCUCCUUCUUCGAAAAUUGGAAUCCGAUCAAGAACAACGCUCAGUAUUGAUGCCAAUCUUAGUCAAUGUUGUUGCCAAUGGACAAUCAUUAAAUAAAGAUGAACAUUUAUCAAUUUUAGGAACGAUCUUUUUCGAACAGAUCGGUCAACCAUCGAUCGAUCUGAUCCAAAUCUUUACUCAUUUGACGCGUCAAAAUCAAAUUAUUACCGAUGAAAUCAUUGCCCGAUUAUAUAACAAUGUAACAGAUCCAUCUAUGAAUCAUUUUAUUAUCGAAAUCUAUCAAUAUCUCAUCGAACGGCAAAAACCAUUGGAGGCAUCGAUAAUUUCUCAGAUAUUUCAAUUGUUCUUCGAGGAACAUCGAUGGAAAACACUUCAUCCUGAUUUACAGUAUCGAUUAGCUUUGUUUUAUAAAGCUGUGGCUGAUAAUCGAUCGAAAGAAAUCAAUCAAACAUCUCUUUCAUUUCUUCUUCGAUCGGAUCAAUCGCUCAAUGUUCGCAAAGAAAUCUGUACCGCCCUUCGACUUCUGAUCAAUCAUGGGGAAGAACUUCAUCGAAAAACUAUCGAUAUUCUGAUCAAUUUCAUUGACAAUGAUGAUGAUGCGGAUCUUCAAACGAUUUCAUUUGAAAUUCUCAAUCGUGUUCGAUCGACCGAUAGAAAUAUCUCGAAAUAUCUCGAUGUCUUUCAAUGUAAUAAUCAAACGGAUGAUCGAGUGUUAUUGAAACAAUUGAAAGAGGCAAUGAACAUCGGGAUGAAGUUACCCGAGCCAUUAAUCAUUCGAUUAUCACACAUGCUCUACAGUUGUGAUUUACAGGUGAAAACCGAUGCAGCAAUGAUCUUGGCAUCGACAAUGUCAAAAGGCAAAGCUCUUUCACCGCGAGUUCUCAGUGUCAUUUCAAUGACACUUCGAGAUGAAACGAUCAAUAUGAAAACAUUACAAUUGUUAUUCGACAAUCGAUCUGAACAACCGUUACCCAUGGCAGUUAUUGAUGAUCUUCUCUAUUUAGCCACUCGUUCAUCGAAAGAACCUGUACAACAAUGUGUUCAAGAGAUUCUUGCGACACAAAUGAAGAACAAUCGAACAAAAGUCGAAUUCUUUUUUGAUUAUCUCAAUACGAAGAAGGACCAAAGUUAUGGAAAUGAUGUUCGUCGAAUCUUGAAAAUAUUUCGUGGAAUGAUUGUCAUCGAAAAACGCAUCACCGAUGAACUAUUUGCAUUGGUGAUGGAACAUUUCGUUAGUAAAGAUCAAGAUGAAAUUCUCGAUCUUUUUCUUCUGGCCCAUCAACACAAUAUUCCAUUUGAUCAACAUUUAGCUCUGAUGAGAUCCAUUGAAAUGGCCCUACCGAAAGAUCCCAAAGCCAAAUUGAUUGAAUUGAUGGGAAUUCUCAUCGAUCAGGGUGCAAUGAUUGAAGAUAAAACCCAACAGAUUCUAUUCGAAAUAUUCGUUGACAAGAAUGAUGAAAGCACUUUGAAAGUACUCGAACGUGUUGCACAGCAUCGACGAUUACCGGAAGAGAUGCUACUGUUCUUCGUUCAAUGUCUUUCUGAUUCAUCGAAAGAAAUGUUCGUCACCCUCGCAUUCUCAAUCAUUCGUCACCAGAUUCUACAAGGUUUUAUCGGCAAUCCGAUGGAGAUUAUUGAAAAAAUUCAAUUCCCUUCGUUUAUCGAUCUCAGUCGAUUGAUAGCAUUCGAUUCGAUGGAGAAAUGUCUCAAUACCAUUCAAACUCUUCUCUUCGUUAAUUAUUUUCAACCCGAUGUUUUUGAACAACCUAUUGAACAAUGGUCACGAAAUUGUCUUUCCAUUGAAAUUCUCACUAAUUGUGGUCCCGAUAUCACAACGGAAGGUAUCAUCAGUUUUUAUCACUAA